UUUUACCCAGCUGAUGUAAACAUUAUGAAAUGAUAACGAAAAUUUCAUUGGAUUUUAUUUCAAAAUAAAUCGUGGAACUAAACUUCCGUUAAAAAACUUAAGGGAGACCGUGCAUUUGAGAAUUGACACUGAACCAAAGUGAAAUGGCAGAAGAAAAGGACAAAUCAGAUAUAGCUGAAAAUGUGUCAUUUCCGCGGAAACAGUCAGCAGCGUGGGUGGCUAUGAAGAAAGUAAAGACGACUCUCAGUCUUACAAACAAGGGAGCUACACCGGUCAACUGGAAAUGUGUCUUUUUGGUCUUCAUUUCUCUCUUUUCCAGUUCAUUUAACAUCACAUUCCUGUUCCCAUUCCUUCCAGAAAUGAUUUUGAUGUUUGGUUUCAAGGAAGAAGAGAAGGGCUACUAUGCUGGAAUUGUUGCCUCUGCUUUGUUUCUAGGAAGAUUUGUGGGCUGUUAUUUUUGGGGCUGGUUGUCAGAUAAGAAGGGACGCAAGCCAAUCAUUCUGAUCACUGUGAUUCUGAAUGGGGUUUCCUCAUUGGCGUUUGGCUUCACGACCACUUUGUGGUUUGCUUUUGUGACCAGAUUUAUCUCAGGACUUGUUAAUGGUACUGUUGGAACAGCGAAGACAAUUUUAUAUGAGAUAUCAGACAACACAAACCAGGCUGUGGGCAUGUCCAUCAUAUCAGUGGCUUGGGGGUCGGGAAUUAUAGUUGGUCCUGCCGUCGGAGGAUACCUGGCGAACCCAUGCAAGAGCUAUCCAGACGUGUUCCCAUCUGAAGGUUUCUUCUACAAGUUCCCAUAUUUCAUUCCCGGUUUUGCAGCAUUCAUAAUCUGCCUCAUUCCCUUCCUGCUAGAUGUAUUCCUGCUGCCUGAGACUUUAAACCUGAAAAAACAGGAAAUAGAGAUAGAAAGUGACCCAGAGGAUGUACAUGACAAGACAAGUUUACAUUCCUUACCACAUCAUUCCCCCUGCCUCUCCCCUGUACCACGUAUAUUGAGGGGGGACACACCCAGAAUGACAUGCUCUGUGGAAAAUCUACAUGUAGAGAGUGAAGGUGCAACAUUUUUAGCUGGUUCAAGAAAAGAACUACACAUAACCCGACAUGGACUCUCAAUAACAGAUGUUAGAGAUGACAAACAUCCUGAAAGCCAUGUCAAACACCACCAUGACAAUAAAGACUUCUACAUUAGUGAUAUUGAUGAUACUGAAAUGCAGAAAAUGUUACCUAAAGACCUAGACAGACAAAUAUCAGUACAAAGUGCACCAGCAAUAGUUUUAGAAGAUUCAAAUGGUGCUGUACAGACAGAUAAUGGUAAUGUUGAUGUACGGAAAGUGGACCAAACAUGCUUUAAGAAGUUCUUGAAUUAUCCAGUUAUACAGAUGAUGAGGCAGUUUGAAGUGAUAGUUGCUGUAUCAUUGUACAGCUUGUUCUCAUUUAGUGUGAUAGGUGUGGAGGAAAUCUUCACUGUAUGGGCUGCCACAGAUGUUCUCCUGGACGGUCUGGGGUUCGAGCCCAAUGAGAUUGGCGCAGCUCUUGGUGCAUCCUCAUUUCCCCUGUUGUUUCUGCAGUUGUUUGUUUUUCCUAACCUUUGUCGCAGAUUGGGUAUUAAAAAGACACUUCUUGUGUGCACAUUGAUACUGCUAGCAGUCACCCAAGCCAUGCCUUGUCUUCACCUUCUCUCCAGCAAUCCUGUGAGUUUGUGGACGCUUCUAAUCUUGUUGAGCUGCGUACAAAAGUUAAUGGUCAGCUGUGUGUUCUCAUGUACUGGUUUGUUGAUAAAUAACUCCGUCCAGCCCCACCUAGCAGGCACUGUAAACGGAUUGGCAAUGACCGUUACUGCCAUGACAAGGUCAAUAGCGCCUUUAUUUGGAGGAUCUGUAUACACUUGGAUAGUGUCAUACGCGUCUCAAAACAUCGGACCACCAUUUGACAUCAGUUUUGUAUUCUUCUUGUUUGGUCUCAUCUACUUUAUUGUGUGCCUGGUUGGAGUUACAAUCCCUAACAGUCUCAACGAACAGAAGAAGUAGGAAACUAUGUGUGAUGUGGUAAGAAACAACUCACCAUAUGUAUCUGAAGUGUAUAUCUGAAGAGUAUACAAUAGGGUAACCUUUUUUAGCUUGUCUGUUUUUCUCAGAAAAAAACAAGGAAUCGUCAUAGAAUAGGUGUCAUCCUCUGAGUUGUUGUCAUCAUCUCCAUCAUGCAGAAUCCUCAGUCUGGACAAUGACUCAAAUCCCAUUUAAGAUUUUUACAUGUAACUUUGUUCACGUAUUGCAAAAUACAUUGUGCACAUGGCAUGAUGCGAAACAAGGCCCAUAACUGCCGUCUUAAGUUUUGUUGAAUUAUGUCCACAAACUCUACACAAUUACAAACGAGUGUUAGCGGAAAAAUGUUUUUGUAUGUCAAAUUCUACAAAUCUUGAUAUUGAGAGGUCAGCGCCAUAUAGACACUUCAUAUAGAAUAAGGAGAGUUAUGAUCUUCUUUUGCGGAGCCUUUGAUUUUUUCUUUUAUUAUUAUAAGUUGGUGUGGACAUUACACUUGUUGUAUGUAUUGAUGAAUGUUUCUUGUUGAGUUUUUCUUUUGAACAUAUCCCACACUUUUACCUCCCCUACUCAACAAUGUGGACCAUACCUGUCUUUUUCUUAGUGCACUCAUAAAGGGCAUCAAUGCUGAAUCAUGGAAUUCAAAUAUAAACCAGGGGUUAUGUAUGAAAUUAUUUUUCUUUUCAUACAUGAAGAAGGGAACAUCUAGUCCAUUUUUUAAACAAAAUUAUCAUAUCAGUUACAUUUUUAUUGACAAAUUUGUUUUGUAUUUUUAACAGCUAUCACUUUAAAUAUCUUUAUGUUGUUAAUUGUUCUUGUAUUGUUGUUUGAUAAAUUUGUGCCAUGACUUAAGUUAGCUAAAAUACAAUUAAUGGUUGUUAAGUCAUAUUUUAUCAUUUUGAUUUACAUACAAAAAACAAUAUCGUUUUAAACAUAAUAAUAUUUAUAGUUUGCAAAUUUAUGACAGCUGUUUCCUGCUAUUUUAUUUUUUAAAAUUGUGUUUUUUGUUUAACGAUCUGAUGUAUGUGCAUAAUAAAUAUAAUCAGGAUUUAUUUCAAAUAGAUAAUUCAAUACAUGUCCAACUUAAAUUUACAAUAUAAAUAGGUUGUUAUUGUUUCUAUAAUGAUUUAUACAUUUAAUCUUUUCAGAUGAGUAAGCAGAUUACUUGUACAUAAUGACUUUUCAUAUUAAAUCUAACCUUGUUUAUCUUGUUUAUUUUUAGGACAGGUAUUUAUAUUUCUAGUCAAUCCAUGACUUUGCUGUAUCAUCAUUAGACAUAAUACGAAAUGACUAACCGGGUAUCAUUUGAGUCAAUCCAUGACUUUGCUGUAUCAGCAUUAGACAUAAUACGAAAUGACUAACCGGGUAUCAUUUGAGUCAAUCCAUGACUUUGCUGUAUCAGCAUUAGACAUAAUACGAAAUGACUAACUGGGUAUCAUUUGAGUCAAUCCAUGACUUUGCUGUAUCAGCAUUAGACAUAAUACGAAAUGACUAACCGGGUAUCAUUUGAGUCAAUCCAUGCAAGAACUGAAAUGGGUUUACAUGUAUUAUGUUUUUGAUCUUAAUGUUAAGGUUUACAGAGUGAAAAGUCCUAUGUUUGUGAAUGCCAUAGUGACAUUUAUGUUGAUUCAUGAAUAUUUCAGUAAUUUGUAUACAUGCUUUAGGAAUGACACAAGUUUCAUAUUUAUCAUUGUCAUUAAAUCAAUGUGUUCCUAUGUUGAAUAAGGUCAUCAUUCCAUGUACACAUGCAAUAGAAUAUGCCUAUGUACUAGAAUGCCACAACUGCAUAUAAUUAUUUGCAUAGAAUUAUUUGAUGUCUCAGUAAUUUGAACCCAUAAUAAAUAAGGUCAACCAGUCAUGUGUACGUGUGAAUGAACGUAUCUACGUACCGCAUGUUUUUAUUAUUGUCAUAAAAUAAUUAAAUGUCUCAGUAAUGUACAUCUAUGUUAAAUAAUGUCACAAAUCUAUGUGAUGGGAUGUAUUUAUGUUCUAGAAUGUUACAACUGCAUAUACAUCAUUGUCAUAAAAUCCUUAAAAUAAAUGUCUCGAUGAUGUGUAUAUAUGUAAAAUAAUGUCACUCAUCCAUGUUCUCAUGUGAUUCAAUGUACAUGGUGUAUCUAAGGCGUAACAUGUUAAUGCACGUUAGAUUUCUGCCUUCUUUUUACUACAUUAAAAUUAGCGUUAGUGUGUAGAUAAAGGAAAGAAAACACACUCUUAACAUCGAACAAAUAUGCUAUAAUGCUAUGAAUACUUAAACACUAAAGUUUGGCACGGGUUUGUAAUAUUGAAAUUAUUGGUAUCAAGGGACAUUGGAAUAUGAAAUUUUACUUAAAUUUGAGCUAAAAAUUCUUUUAAACGCGGUCAAUUUGUUGGAAAUGUGCAUAUGUUAUGAAAUACGAAUCAUUAUGGGUUUUUUCAACUAUGGCCGUUUUAACAUUUCAGCAAGGUCAGGUAAAAAUCAAUUAAACCAGUAUAUCCCUCAAUAAAAUAUGCAAGGUAAAGGUAAUUGUGUUUAAUUAUUACAAAGAAGCUGUAUUAUUUUUUAAUCAGCAUAAUUUGUUGGUACCAUUAAAUAUAUUGAAUUAAAACAAACCUUGCAGAACAUUUGUCAUUAAGUAUGCACCUCUGUGAGCAUUAGAAUGCCAGGGAUAGCUAUACAUGUCUCAAAAUGCUUUUAUGUUCUGCACAUAUUCAUGUAAAUAUAUUAAUUUUUUGAAAUGCUUUCCUGUUAUGCAUGUAUAAAUUGAUCUUGUUUUAAAAGGCUUUUAUGUUAUGCAUAUAUAACAUUUUAUGUUUUUAAAUGCUUUCAUGAUAUGCAUAUAUAAAUUGGUCUUGUUUUAGAUACUUUCUUGUUAUACUUAUUGACCAUGUUUUAAAAUGUUACAGACUGAUACUAUGAAUGUAAUGUAAUGUAAUGUAUCCAUGUUUGUCAGAUGUUGUUGUUAAUUUAAAUAGUGCCUUAGGAAUAAUAUUUUUGCUUUAAAUUCAUAACAUAUGGAUUUGUAAUGGUAACUAAUGGUUUAAGGUACUUUUUCAGUAAAUAUACACUUUUGUAAAAAUGAUGCUAUAUGUCCAAAAAGUGUAAUUAUAGUCAAAAGAUCAUGUUUAAAGAACUAAGUAUUACUUAUCGUGCUAUAAAAUGGAUGGUUUAUCAGCAGUUGUUGUUUUUAAACACUUUUUAUUACUAUGAAUUUUAUUAAAUGUGACGUAUUAUGUAUUCUCUUGUGGCGGUGGGUAGGCGCCAUCUACCAAGUCAUCCGCGCUGCAAAUGGAUUUUUCUGUGGCAGCGGGUAGGGGACACCGACAUCUACCAAUUCAUCCACACCGUAACUUGAGAAGAGUUUGUCAUAUCAUCACCAAGCUUGCACAUGAUGUCUAUGGGCAGAAUAUCUAGCAAGUUUGAUAACUAGACAUAUGCCCGGGUCACUUAAGAGUUGAAGCCCUUGAAUUGCCUCAACUACACAAACUUUAUUUUGAACUCAAGAAGCUUUUGUCAGAUCAUCACCAAAUUUGUGUAUGUGUUUGGGAAAAAGAUCUAGGCAAGGUCCGAUAUUCCUAUAUCAUAACCAGGCAUGUUACCAGUAUCAAUCGAGUUAUGAUCCUUGAAUGUACAAAAAAGUAUCCACAGUCCCACUCUGUAAAUUUGACUCCAAUUAUCUUUGAAACUUGAAUGGGCAUUUUUUGUUACAGUCUGCAUCCAUGUUAUCAAUGACAAAUUGAUAAUGAUUUUACAACUGGUGUUAUGCGUUAUAUAAAUUGUAAGUGUUCCAAUGUUGUUUGUCUAUCAUAACAAGAGAGCGAACUUUAAUAACCAUUGUUAUAUAUUUGUGAUGCUGUCAGAUACGUGUAUUAGGUAGUGAUAAUUAUACAUCGCAUUGUAUUUUUUAUGUUGUGGGUAUAUCUGUUGGAUAUCAAUGAAUUAUAUAUUGAUGAA